AUGGCGCCCCUUGGUACUCUAUUCACGCUUGCCGUUUCUUCCCUUGUUGCCCUUUCCAACGCCCAUGCCACUUCCAACAACCAUGCCAGUUCAGCCUGUUGUAGGGGCUAUGCGAAGGAUGGUAGCCACCAAGAGACCAUCCUGAGCAACUAUCUUGCUAUCUGGGGUGGUGAUCUAUCACUCAUGGAUACCACGUUUCACCCCGACGUCGCCCUCUCUUCUGACCGGUUCCCUUCGUCAAGUGGCAAUGGUAGCGACCUCACUGUCGUGACCAAUCGAACCCAAUUCACUGCCUUUGUUGAGAAAUCACGAAAUGGAUGGGAGAGUUACACCUUUGACCCCAUCCACUCACUAUACGAUGACAGUUCGAUUGCUGUCCGAUGGAAGAUGAACGGCGUCCUUGGCGCAAACUUUACACUGUUUCCCACGCCCUUGAAGGCAGGCUCUUCGGUGACCUACAACGGAACCGACCUUCUUAUCUUGGAUGAAUGCACAGGCCUGAUCAUCCACGACUACAUCGCUCAGGAUCUUAUCUCCUACUUCCAUGCUAUGGGACUGACCGCCAUUACUGUUUGA